GGGGAGGGGAGGAGGGUGAAGCGCGCCGGAAGUGACGUCAUCCCCGCGCGCGCUGUGGGCGUGGCCGGGACAGCGCGGGAAGGAGGAAGAGGAGGAGGAGGAGGGCGCCCCCCUGCGGACGGAGCGUGAGGGCGGCGCUUGGACGCCUCGCGCCGGGAUGGGGCUGGACGGAGCCUACGCGCAGCGCCCUCACCGGGCCACGCUCUUCGCCGUCCCGUCCGUCCUCUUCCUCCUCGCCUUCCUCAUCCUCACCCUCAUCCACCCGCGGCUCCGCGGCGACGCCGCCGCCAGCGCCGGAUCCUGCGGGAACUCCUGCAGGAUCGUGCUGGUGGAGAGCAUCCCCGAGGGAAUGAACAUCACCAGCCCCACCAACCCCUCCACCUUCGAGGCGUGGCUGGAGCUGCUGAGCUCGGCCAGGCGCAGCGUGGACAUCGCCUCCUUCUACUGGACCCUGACCAACGAGGACACGCGGACACACGAGCCCAGCGCCGCACAGGGCGAGCUCAUCCUGUCGGAGCUGCUGCGGCUGCCGCGGCGCGGCGUGGCCGUACGCGUGGCGGUCAGCGCGCCCUCGGCCAAAGCGCCGCUGGACGAUCUGCGGGCGCUGGAGCGCGGCGGGGCGGCGGUGCGCGCCGUGGACAUGCCGCGCCUCACCGGCGGCGUGCUGCACACCAAGUUCUGGCUGGUGGACGGCGUCCAUCUCUACCUGGGCAGCGCCAACAUGGACUGGAGAGCCUUGACACAGGUGAAGGAGCUCGGUGCCGCCAUCUUCAACUGCAGCUGCCUGGCCGAGGAUUUGGGCAAAAUCUUCGAGGCCUACUGGGCCCUGGGCGUGCCGGACGCCGCCAUCCCGGCGCCGUGGCCGGACAAUUUCUCCACCGCCAUCAACGCCGCCACCCCGCUGCAGCUGCGGCUCAACGGCAGCGCCGCCGCCGUCUAUUUCUCGAGCUCCCCCCCUCCCCUCUGCGCCUCCGGCCGCACUCCGGACCUUUCCGCGCUGCUCUCGGUGAUCGACGGCGCUGACCGCUGGGUGGACGUGGCGGUGAUGAGUUACCUGCCCGGCACCGAGUUCCAGCGGCCGGAGCGCUUCUGGCCGGCCAUCGACGAGCGGCUGCGGCGAGCGGCGUUCGAGCGCGGCGUGAGGGUCAGGGUGAUGGCCGGCUGCUGGCCGCACAGCCGCCCGGCCAUGUUCCCCUUCCUCAAAUCCCUGGCCGCUGUCAACGAUGACCGCGCGCGGCUCCGCGUGGAGGUGCGCCUGUUCCUGGUGCCGGCGAGCGCGGCCCAGAGCCGGAUCCCCUUCGCCCGCGUCAGCCACAACAAAUUCAUGGUGACCGACAAGGCGGCCUACGUGGGAACCUCCAACUGGUCCGGGGAUUACUUUGAGCGCACGGCGGGCUCGGCGCUGGUGGUGGCCCAGGCGGGUUCUGGAACAUUCCGGGAGCGGCUCCAGGAGGUUUUCCAGCGGGAUUGGAGCUCUGGCUACAGCGUGGACAUCGGGGACACCGAGAGCUGGGCCGGCCGCUGCGGGCCCCGCUAGGGCCGCGGGGGUUUUGGGGGGAAAAGG